AGGGUUAUCCCACGAACCUUUAAUCGGAUUUUAAUUUGCCUGGGCAUUGUGUAAGUAUCGCUUCUUCCGAUACUUCAAAUGUUCUUCCGUCCUGGUAAUGCUUACUGUGAAAAAAUCACCAUUGGUAAACAAACAACAUGGCUGGCGGGACAAACACAUUUGACGUGCGAGACGUAGUACCGGAUUUAGAAACGGUGCCGAAAUUGCUCUACAACAGGAUUUUGUCGUACUGCAGGACCAAUCCUCCAGACUUGGCUCAAGCCAAACAGUUAUUCAUCACAUCACUCGACAAGCAAAUCGAGUAUUUGCUAUCGAAGCAAUCGUACUCGGAGAUUUUUGACUGUUUCCAAGACGCACUGAAUUUAUUUCCGGACGAUUCGGACGUUCUCAACGUACUCGGCGUAGCUUUGAAUAGGUUACAAAAACCCCUCGAAGCUCUCGAUUAUUUCCACAAAGCUCAUCAACUAUGCCCGACAAAGUUAAAAUUUCUGGAAAAUCGAAUGAAUGUUAUCAACGAAUGGAUACCACGCUGGCAUUUUCUUAUGUUAAACGAUACGAAACGCAACGAAGCCUUCCGCCAAGCUAUUCUCCAUGCAGUUCGAGAGGAAGGUGUGGAACGAGUUCUAGAUAUCGGAACAGGGACCGGUAUUCUAGCACUUUAUGCUCAUGAGGCGGGAGCUAAGAAAAUUUAUGCCUGCGAGUCAAACGAAAUCAUGUCUCAAAUUGCGUGCAAUGUAUUCGAAAAUGAUAAAUUGGGAAAUAUUGUACUUUUGAAAGACCACUCAACCAAUUUGUCUGUAAAAGAUUUAGGAGAUGCCCAAGUAGAUUUAAUUGUCACCGAAAUUUUUGAUAGUGGGGUGUUUGGAGAAGGUGUUUUAUCUACUUUAAUUCAUGCGAAAAAAAUACUUUUGAAAGAGAGUGGGAGAGUAAUUCCAAAUAAAGUAGAACUUUUCGUAGUUGGGGUCGACCACGUAGGGAUUGCUGAAAAACAAGAAUCCAUAAACAGUACUCUGGAGAAUUCGAUAUACCUGAAAAAUACAACAUUGAUCCCUAAAGUUGAUGGACCCUAUGAUACUUAUAGCUCAGCUGGGGGCGGAGAUCACCUGAUAAUACGCACUGAGAGGGCGCACGCAUUCACAGUAAAUUUUAACGAUUUGCAAAGUAUGCAAGAAGCGGAUGAAGGACAACUUGAUGCCACUGUUCAACUAAGAUGUAGCGAGGGAGGCCAUAUUGAAGGCUUUAUCGUCUUCUUUGCAUUACAUCUAGACGAUAAAAAUGUGAUUGCUAAUUUCGAUGAAACUCCUAUGACUAGCGAAAUAACUAAAUGUUGGGAUCCGGUGUUAUUCAGACUUAAUGAACCAAUGGAGGUGCGAAAAUAUCAGGUUUUAAAGGCUACAGUAUCGUGUCGAGGAGGAGUGUUGAAUUUGAAGCAUGAAUAUGAUCCAAUCGACGAACGAGUUGUUGCUGUAGAUCCAGAAUUGUAUGCAUUCCUAGCCGACGAUGAAUAUCUUUAUGAGUUGGAAUAUAACGUGAUAAAGUUACUAAAGAAAAACAAAAAGAAAUUCGUAAACUUUGCCGAUUUUCUCACUUUCCCACACAUUGGGAUCAAUCUGCUGAAGGAAGGAGAGAUUGAAACCCUUUAUUGUCCAGAAAAGACCAGGGAUUUUGUAGAGAAAAUUAGUGACUGGAAUUGUAUUACCAAAGGUGCAAUAAAAUUCGUUCAAGAUCUGGAAGAUUUCCUUGAAAACGAUAUCAAAUUAGACAUAAUUUUGAUGCAGCCGAUCACAGGGCAUGGAACUCUCAACGAAGAACAUCUCAAGCAUUACGAAACCCUAAAAACUAAUUGUCUUUCAACAAGUGGAGCUAUUUUCCCCAACAAAAUAGAUUUGUGCGCGAAACUUAUUCACUCUUCAUGGCUCCAACAAGUUACUAGUGUGCAAAAUGAAAAUCUGCAAGACUGCUCCAUUCCAACGCAAAUGAAUGAAUAUUCAACAAGGCAUCAAUUUGAAUUCAAAGAUUUCGAUUCUAGCGACCUGUCAGACAUUACCACUAUUGCGAAGAUACAUUUCGAUGAGAAUUUUCACCAGAAAGAUGUGAUUAUCAAUCUGAACAUGGUUCGAAACCAGAUAAAUGGUAUUCUUUAUUAUUUUAAAAUUUUCUUCACUUCAAAUUCUAUUCCAGUUCUAACGAAUCGAAAAAAAAGCUUUUGUACGCAGAACUGUUUUGUUCAAAAUUUUGAUGUUGCUAAAGAUAGAACUAGUGUUGUUGUUCGAUGUAUCCAAGAUGAAUUUGUUUUUCGAUGUGAAAUCUUAGAAAACACCAGCUAGUUUAUUAUCUAGUCUUUAGUUUAUAGUUAGGACAACACGCAAGCGUCGUGGGUACAUAGUAUUUGGAUGCGUUGGUGUUGCUAUUCAUAUGUGAAGAGAGAUUGAUUUAUUCCAAAAAAAUAUUCUAAUGGACCAAAUUUGUUGCUUCGUUGUCGAAAAUAGUACCAGUAUAUAUGUAUUAGAUUAUUAAAAAAU